CAUACACUUUCUUCUUCCUCCUCUCUAUCCCUUCAUUCAAAAACACACUUUUUUUUUUAGAAAAAUGGACACAGCCUCAUUUCUAAUCCAUACACCAUUAUCAUCAUGCUCACACACUUCCCCUUUAAAGCCUAAAUUCUUUCUCAAUUCUUCUUCUUCUUCAAAUUCUUCUUCAUCAUCAUUUUCAAAAUGUCUCAAAUGGAACUUCCUCCAACCAACACCCACAAUUCUAUUCUCAUUACCUCAAUCUUCCCUUUUCCGUACCUCGGCUCUCGCGGUCGGUGAGAUACUAGAAAAGUCUAGUUUAGAGGACUCUGUUUCCAAAGAACCAAUGCCGAAAAUCGAUAAAAGUGGCAGGUUUUGUAGUCCCAGAGCUGCUAGAGAGCUUGCACUGUCAAUUAUAUAUGCCGCUUGUUUAGAAGGGUCUGACCCGGUUCGGUUGUUUGAGAGGCGGGUCAAUGCCAGCAGAGAAGUAGGGUAUGAGUUUGAUAAAGGGACAUUGAUGGAAUACAAUCACAUGAGCUUUGGAGGACCUCCUGUCAAAACUAACUCAAACGAAGAAGCUGACGAGCUUAUGCGAAUAGAUGAGAAGGCUUCAGAAGUUGAGGCAGAAGUUCUUUCAGCCCCUCCAAAGUUGGUUUAUAGUAAAUUAAUCCUGCGGUUCACAAGAAAGUUAUUGGUGGCUGUAGCAGAGAAGUGGGAUAGUCAUGUACUAGUCAUUGACAAAGUUGCUCCACAAAAUUGGAAGAACGAACCAGCGGGAAGAAUCUUGGAGCUAUCGAUUCUUCGUUUGGCCAUGUCUGAAAUUGAUGUGCUGGGAACGCGUCACCAAAUUGUGAUUAAUGAGGCAGUAGAUCUUGCAAAGCGAUUUUGUGAUGGAUCAGCACCCCGAAUAGUCAAUGGCUGCCUCAGGACAUUUAUAAAGGAAGUUAAAGGAAAUACUGUGGCCUUGAAACCAGAUUCUGAAACCCAAAAAGAAAUUGUCUCAGCUGACACGUAA